AUGGACAGAAUAUCCGAGUUGUCAGACGACAUAUUGCAGAGAAUACUAUAUUUCCUCUCCCAAGAAGAUGCUGUUCGAACAUCUGUCUUGUCCAAUCCAUGGCGUGAAAUUUGGUGCACUCGACCCAAUCUAGAUUUUUCAGACACAAACUUCAAGCAAGAAUUUCUAUCCACCGUUGACAAGACUUUACAACGAUACUGUGAUCAAAGGAUUUGCUUAGAGAAAUUUCAACUUUCUAUGUCUCUAUACUAUUCGCAUUCGGAACUUAAAUCCGUAUGGUUUCUCAAAAAGUGGAUCCGAGGACUAACAAAUAUUGGAGUGAAGGAGUUUGGUCUUUCUAUUUAUUCGAAAGAUAGUCGUCGGAGGCAGAGACAUGUUAGACUGCCCUCUGUAGUCUUUGAGGCAGAACCUCUCCAAUAUUUACAUGUCGAAGGAUUCAUGUUGGACCGAACCACUAUUGAAAUGAAUAUUCUCUCUAAGCAUCUGAAAAAACUUUGUCUCGAAAAGGUCAAAAUUGAGGACGGGAUUUUUCAGAAGAUAAUCUCAAGCUGUCCUUUGAUUGAAACUCUGUCUCUCGAAUCAUGCAUGAGAUUAAGAAACAUCGAGGUGAACAAUCUUCUUCGUCUCAAGAAAUUUUCCUUUUCAUCUUCGCCAGACGAAAUAUGUAGCAUCGAAAUUUAUCCCGCGUCUCUUGAAACCAUCAAUAUUGAGUAUGCGGUUGUUUCUUUUCCCCAAGGUGCGGAGUUUCAUAGUCUCAAUUGUUUAUUUAUGAACCGUGUCAUGUUGUCUUCGUUUGACCACUUUUCUUCUUGUAAAUUCCCGAGUCUCGACAACUUGGCUAUUUUAUACUGUGACGGACUCGAUGAAUCCAUAGAAGAAUCACAUGUAUUUAUUGAUGCCCCAAACAUAAACACUUUUGGAUAUCAUGGAUUGAUUAUCCCAUCCAUCUCUUUCGCAACAACUUCUAGACAAUGGAGUUCAACUUUAUUUCUGAUUCUUACGGAUGAUCCUUCUUUGUGGUUACUUCAGCUACAUAAACUGCUCGAGUCGUUAAGCCGAUCCGAAAUUUCUCUCUCUAUUUGGCAGUCGUUAUGCAUUAAUGCUGAGGACAUAUUUAAAGAAAACCAUGAUCUGGUACAACAUAUUAAAGAUGAAAAUGAACCUGCAGUUGUGGUGAAGAAGUUGAUAUUACGAGAUGAUUUACCUUACUUUUCACCUCUUUCGAAUGGGUUGUUUUGCAUUUGUCGUCCACGAACCAUCGGUGAUAUCAACUACACGAACUCCGAGUCUGCGUUGAAGAAUCUAAUGCAGAGAGAAGGUGGAAACCAAGAUGAAUUAAGACAACUGUGGCUGCAGGAUUUGGAGGAAGUAAGCUUGGAGAUAUACGACAGGAAUCGAAGAGAAUGGGAUCCCACAAGUUUGUCAGAUUUGCCAGACUACGAGGAAAAGAAACGUAUCUCUACUCGAUUUGCAUUGAAAUGGAGAGAAAAUUAG